UUUAGCAACAUACUGCUCAGCUGAAGGGAAGGGAUUCUUGCUGUCUCUCUCUGCUCUAAGCAUCACCUAACAAGCAAAGCGAACAAAGAAUGGGAAAUAAAGCUAUCCUUAGCCGGUCAGUGAGUGAAUUGUAAUCUGUCUCUGUGGAGUAAAGGUUGUGUCGGUCAAUGGUCGUUUCAAAUGAUGGACAUUAAAGAGACUGUCAAAUCCUGUGGAGUCGUUAGUAAAGAGUUUGGAGUUUUUUUCACAACGUCACAGUAUUAACUGCAGAGAAAAGGACAGAGAGAGAGAGAGAAAGAGAAGAUCAAGCUCAUGCAGAUAGUUCUGAAACUUGCAAGUCCUAGAAGUCAGCUAAAAAGCUAGCUGGACAUCCCUUUAGCUCUUUGAGCAGAAGCAAAAUAAGACAUUGUGAGCCUGCCAGCUUUGCACAACAUUGAAAGGGACUGAAUUUGUAGCACAGAGGGGUCUUUUUUAGUUCUGCAUAUAAUUAGUCCAAACACAAAGGAAGCAACUGAAUGGAGGUUGUCACUCUCUGGAAAAGGGUGGGUAAGACACUUUUUAAUUAAAUUCUUUCAUGAAGAAAGAUUUUUUUUUCUUUGCUGCAGCAUCUAACAUGAACAAAAUCAACAUCCUUUUACCUGUGAAUGUCUGUGAACUUUAAUGCUGCACAGCUUCUGCAUGCUGUAAAGUGAAAUAUUUGCCUGUCUUUUUUUUUUUUUUUUUUUUUGCCCAGAAAUAAAAUAUGAUGUAGAACUUGAAAAGAUUUCAAUGGACAUUCUCAAGCAUAUUUGGAAACAUUCUUGCUAAUGGAUUUCCUUCUCAUUGGUCUCUGUUUAAACUGGUUGCUGUGGAAGCCCCCAGGGUUGAUAUUGUGUACACUGGGUGUCUUUUUAAAAAUGCUUCCAGCCGUGAAUAGUGGGUGUCCGCAGCUAUGUCGGUGUGAGGGCAGGCUUUUGUACUGUGAGUCAUUGAAUCUUACAGAGAUGCCUCGCAACCUGUCGGGCAUGAUGGGCUUGUCUCUGCGGUACAACAGCCUUUCAGAGCUGCAUGAUGGACAGUUCACAGGGUUAAUGCAGCUCACGUGGCUCUAUCUGGAUCACAAUCACAUUUGCUCAGUGGAGGGGAAUGCCUUUCAAAAAUUGCGGAGAGUUAAAGAACUCACUCUGAGUUCCAACAAAAUCACUCAACUGCCCAAUACUACUUUCCGACCUAUGCCAAACUUGCGUAGUGUGGAUUUAUCAUACAAUAACCUGCAGUCGUUGGAACCAGAUCUGUUUCAUGGGCUGAGAAAACUAACAACUUUGCACAUGCGGUCAAACGCCAUCAAGUUUGUGCCAGUGAGAAUUUUUCAGGACUGUCGCAGCCUGAAGUUUCUAGACAUAGGAUAUAAUCAGUUGAAAAGCCUGGCUCGAAACUCUUUUGCAGGCUUGUUUAAACUCACUGAACUACACCUCGAGCACAAUGAUUUGGUGAAGGUGAAUUUAGCUCAUUUUCCAAGGCUUAUUUCACUGUAUUCUCUCUGCCUACGAAGGAAUAAAGUCACAAUUGUAGUCAAUUCCUUGGACUGGAUAUGGAAAUUGGAAAAAAUGGAUCUCUCUGGCAACGAGAUUGAAUACAUUGAACCUCAUGUUUUCGAAAGCGUACCUCACCUCCAAUCACUGCAGCUGGAUUCCAACCAACUAACCUACAUUGAUCCAAGAAUCCUCAACUCCUGGAAAUCACUCACUAGCAUCAGCCUUUCUGCAAACAUCUGGGAUUGUAGCCGUAAUGUUUGCGCCUUGGCCUCCUGGCUAAGUAACUUUAAGGGUCGCUAUGACAGCAAUCUGCUCUGUGCCACCCCUGAAUAUGCACAGGGGGAGGAUGUUUUAGAUGCAGUGUAUGCUUUUCACUUAUGCGAAGAUGCAGAAGACCCAACAAGUGUUAACAUGCUAUCAGCAGUAACAAACAACAGCGACCAAAUGUUCACUUAUAGCCCUGCCACAAUAAUAUAUGAGGUGCAGGAUACUGACGGAGAAAGAACAACAAAUGCCAUAACCGUAACUAUCCCCAGUGAAAACACUGAGAAUGCUGUUCAGAUUCACAAGGUGGUGACAGGGACCAUGGCACUGAUUUUCUCUUUCCUCAUCGUGGUUUUAGUGUUGUAUGUCUCCUGGAAGUGUUUUCCAGCCAGCCUAAGGCAACUCAGACAGUGCUUUGUGACACAGCGCAGAAAGCAGAAGCAGAAACAAACCAUGCAUCAAAUGGCUGCCAUGUCAGCCCAGGAGUAUUACGUUGAUUACAAACCCAACCACAUUGAAGGAGCCCUGGUGAUCAUUAAUGAAUAUGGAUCUUGUUCCUGUCACCAGCAGCCAGCAAGGGAAUGUGAGGUGUGAUUUUCUGUGGGAAUUUAAACAGUGUGCAACCAAAUAACAAUGGGCAGACAGUUGGAUGGGGGUUUACUGUGCUUUUCUGAUGAUUUUUGAUGCACUUCUUUGCUGAAAUUGUAAGAGGAUCUGUCUAAAAGACUUGAUAUGUUAGCUUUAUUGUGUCUUAAAAUCUUCAGGACAGUCAGUCCUAACAUUUCAUAUGAUAAUAUUCCCUUUGAAGAUCUGACAAUAUUCAGGAAUCUGAGAGUGUAAAAAGAUACCAAUAAUUGACUGAUUUUUUUUUGUAAACUACAAAAAUGUUUAAAAUAAAAAAAAUAGCAUUUACA